AUGGAAAAUGAGAACAAGAGUAUAAGCGACAUUGCUAUCACGAUAUCGCCUGUAUACGUUACGCCCAAGACUCCGAAGUUGAAGAAAGGCGAAGCGAUCGACUAUCCGGCUCCGAGAUAUUCGACGUUGGAUCACGAAAUGAUAGCCAAGCUGAACGCAGGGAAAAAGCAAAUCCAACAACGAUUUAAUCCACCUGCGAGCUUGAUAUUUAACAAUGACGAUGCGCCGAACGGUGGGCCGCCGAACGGUAGGCCGUCGAAUGAUAGGCCACCGAACGAUAGGCCGCCUAACGAUAGGCCGCCGAACGGUAGGCCGCCGAAUGGGAGGCCGCCGAAUGGGAGGCCGAAUUCGGGAAGCUCCUCGAGCAUCAGUUCACCCUCACUUCCCGGCCCGAUUUCCUUCGCUAUGUACGAGUACGGUCCACCGUAUUCGCCGGAGUUUCUUGAAGACAAGACGACGUCUAAGCCGAUGACCAGCGUUCAGAAAUAUCCACCUAUGCCUAUGGACGAUCAGGUGCCGGACAAUUAUAAAUCACCGCCAAACAAUUACCAGGUGGCCAGUGGCGGGCCCGAGAUGGAGUAUCCCAACUUCGACGUCGUACCUUCGUAUGAGAAUACCGACGAGCCUACGAAGAAGCCUAUGAAAUUCGCCAACCAUCACGAUCGCCCAUUUCAAUUCGACGACGACUCAUACGGGCAUGACCAGCAUCACGACUUUCAUCACGAGAUGAUCUACGAUCACUUGCCCGAUCACUAUCACGAGCAUCACGUCGAGCACACGACGGAACAGGAGCCGGAAAUGAACGAUCAGCGGCUUGACAAGCGGCCUUAUUCGUAUUACUUCAUAGGGAAGAAGCUUUGGUACGUACCGCUGUACUUUAGCAUUUAUUUCAUCAUAUACAUAGCGGCGCUCGUGCUCAAGAGCAUCGCCAGGCAUAAGAUUAAUUUCCCGGCGAACCUGGCGGAGGCUGCGGGCCACAGCAAAAGAAGCGAGCCGGACGAGGGCUGGUGGCACUUUGCCGGCAGGAUACUCGAGGGGGUAGAACGAUUCGCUAAGAUGUCCGGUGAUAAAGAUUCUUAA